UUAAAGGCGUUGACGGCCGACAACAUGGGCCCGUCUGCUCCCCUGGAUGAUAUCUACCGGAAGCAAGAACAAGCCAUCCCCAGCGAACGGUUCAAGAAACCUCCCGCCACGCCCGGUGCGGAUAGCAAGCUGUCGAUGGAUGCGUUUGCGCUGAUGGGAGACAACAAGGGUUUGGCAUCACCUCUGGAGGAGAUUUACAAGAGCAAAAAGCUGACGGACGAUAGCAGCGACCUGCAGAGACCGAGUGACCGCUACAAAAAGCCGGAUAGUCCCAUGACUGCUGCCCCCGACACGUCGUUUAAACUGAUUCAGCCGCUGACAGGCGACAGCCAAGACAUUGUCUCUCCCUUGGAGGACAUUUACAGUCACAGGAAGCAGAUCCACGAGUUCAAGGGUGCCAAGACAACAGCCAAGGCAGGUCCCUUUACUACCGCCAAAGCCGUUCCCAAGCCUGCGGUCAAGCCCGGUCCCAAGACUUCGGCCAAAGCAGUUCCUCUGAUGUCACCCGACACGAGUCGUGUCCAACGAGCCUUUCCACGAGCACAACCGCAGAAGAAGGCGACGAUGAAUGACUUGCCUGCUGCACCAUUGCCCACCCAGAAGAACGUGACAAUUGCCAAAGCGACCAAGGAGGCUGAGAAGGAGGAUGACAAUGACGACGACGAGGAUGACAAGGACCAAACUCCCAAGCCUGGCCGCAGAGACAUGAACAAGCCCAUUUCGUUCUUUGACAUGCAAAAGGCUUGGAAAGACAGUACCAAUUCUAAAGCGUUUUCGCUGCUGGGUCCAAAAAAGUCUGUGGCUUUGUUCCAGAAGAAGAAGAAGCCCCUGGUGGUGGAUGCCUUGGUGGAUCCAACAGUGGGAAAGCAAGAGACGAGGAAUCCUCUGAAAGGUUUGCUUUCCAGGGUAACAUCCAAGCUCGACCUCCUUCGACGACGGAAAAAGGCGCCACCACUGUCGUUUGAAGGUGGCAAUGGCGACGACCACGAUUGGAAGAAACAAAUCAUGGCCACCAGUACGACAUUGUACUCGACGCAGCUGUCGUUACCGAGUACCGGUAGGCACGACGAAGUUGUCGAAUCGAGGCGGAUACUGUUGCAGUUUGCCGUGUCGGCACUAUUGUAUCCCAUUCUGUUACGAUGGGUACGGUCGAGUAUCGUGCUGACAGCGGUUGUCCUUCCACAUUGCUGGUUGUUAUCAAGAAGAAGGGAUCAUCGGUAA